AUGGAGCCCAGUUUACGCGUAACCCGGGGUCCACCCGGCGAAGUGCUCGCCAGUGAGGUGCAGGAGAACCAAGGAGAAGGAGGACGAGAAGGAGACGAUGAUGAUGAUGUGAAGUUGAGAGUUGUUUGCUCCGGCGCUUGGGGGUCCCUCCAGACCCCAAUGUUUGACAUCGUAACUUACGAGGUGCCUCACUGGCUCAGUGUCCUCGUGUUACGUUAUCUAGCUGUUCUUGUUUGUAUCCCUCCAAAGGAAAAGAGCAACCGAGUCACAGUCUCCCUCAAUCCAUCUCACAAAGCACCAUCAGCGAACACCAGCACCACAGACCUCUCAGACCAUCAGAGCAUCUCAGAUGUUACACUUUCAGCUUCUCUGGACUCUCCGGACCCAGUUCUGAAACAACUGAGGAUGUUAGGCAAAGAGCUCACAGCCAUCCGAGUUCAGAUGGACAAAUACUGUGAAGGGACCAAAGCCACACAGGAGUGGGAAAUGAUCGGGACGGUGAUCGAUCGGCUGCUGUUUGGCUUGUACAUCAUCUUCAUUUUUGUGAGCUUUAUCACAAUAAUAAGCAUCUGGAUAUGGAAUCAUUCAUUUGCUACACGAUUAGAUCAAUAACUGCAUUACAUGGAUUAGUGCCAUGGCAAUAAUGCCCUGCUUCUGUUGUCUGCAUUUCAUUCCUGUAAUCAAAAUAGCAUCAGUUAAUGAGCAUUUGUCUGUAAGGUAGCUGGCUUUGGCAAA